CAGAGUAUGCUGAUUACUCCUUCACUCAUGAAGCCUCCGUCCAUGGACACAGACUUUCCCAAGAAAGUUUCUUGGGACAGAAGAAUGUGCUUCUACUGGUCUACAUGCUAUAGGUCAAGAAAAGCCAGUUUACACAGGCCUGUUUAAACUCCAUAUGAACUUGGCCUCUUCAGGUCUCCACAAGCAUGAAGGUGAGUGUUGUGCCUGGUGAUCCUCCUCAGACCCACUAGCCAUGCCCGGGAUUGUGGUGUUCCGUCGUCGCUGGUCUGUAGGCAGUGAUGACCUCGUCUUGCCAGCCAUCUUUCUUUUCCUCCUUCAUACCACCUGGUUUAUAAUCCUUUCUGUGGUGCUCUUUGGACUGGCGUACAAUCCCAAUGAGACCUGCUCUCUCAACCUGGUGGACCACGGCAGAGGCUAUCUGGGAAUUCUGCUCAGCUGCAUGAUAGCAGAAGUUGCAAUCAUCUGGCUCAGCAUGCGUGGCAGCAUCCUGUACACAGAACCCCGAGAUUCCAUGCAAUAUGUACUAUACGUCAGAUUGGCCAUCUUGGUGAUUGAGUUUAUCUAUGCUAUUGUGGGCAUUGUUUGGUUAACUCAGUACUACAGCUCCUGCAAUGAUGUUACUGCCAAGAGUGUCACUUUGGGAAUGGUCGUCUGCAACUGGGUCGUCAUUCUGAGUGUCUGCAUCACUGUCCUAUGCGUCUUUGACCCAACAGGCCGGACCUUUGUCAAACUGCGAGCCACAAAGAGGAGACAACGUAACUUGAGGACAUAUAAUUUGAGGCACCGCUUGGAGGAGGGACAGGCUAGCAGCUGGACCCGAAGGCUGAAAGUUUUUCUUUGCUGCACACGAACAAAAGAUUCCCAGUCAGAUGCUUACUCUGAAAUCGCAUAUCUUUUUGCUGAGUUUUUCCGAGACCUUGACAUCGUCCCAUCUGAUAUCAUAGCAGGUCUGGUGCUUCUUCGUCAGCGGCAAAGAGCAAAACGCAAUGCAGUACUAGAUGAAGCAAACAAUGAUAUCCUUGCCUUCUUGUCAGGGAUGCCAGUAACCAGGAACACCAAAUAUUUGGACUUAAAAAACUCACAAGAGAUGCUGCGAUACAAAGAGGUUUGUUACUAUAUGCUCUUUGCAUUGGCUGCUUAUGGCUGGCCCAUGUACUUGAUGAGAAAGCCUGCUUGUGGACUCUGUCGAUUGGCCAGAUCCUGCUCAUGCUGCUGCCUCUGCCCCACUCGGCCCCGCUAUGCCCCUGGUGUUACUAUUGAGGAAGAUAAUUGUUGUGGCUGUAAUGCUAUCGCUAUCCGUCGCCAUUUUCUUGAUGAAAAUAUGACGUCUGUGGACAUUGUGUACACUUCAUGUCAUGAUGCGGUAUAUGAAACUCCCUUCUAUGUGGCUGUAGAUCAUGAGAAGAAGAAAGUAGUGAUCAGUAUUCGAGGAACUUUGUCUCCUAAGGAUGCACUGACUGAUCUGACUGGGGAUGCUGAGCGCCUCCCAGUGGAAGGUCAUCAUGGAACCUGGCUUGGGCACAAGGGGAUGGUGUUGUCUGCUGAAUACAUCAAGAAGAAACUAGAGCAGGAGAUGGUACUCUCUCAGGCCUUUGGCCGUGAUUUGGGCAGAGGAACAAAACAUUAUGGCCUAAUUGUGGUGGGACAUUCCUUAGGAGCAGGCACAGCUGCCAUCCUGUCUUUUCUCCUCCGUCCACAGUACCCAACUUUAAAGUGCUAUGCCUACUCUCCCCCAGGUGGCCUUUUAAGUGAGGAUGCCAUGGAAUACUCCAAAGAGUUUGUGACCGCAGUGGUGCUGGGCAAAGAUCUAGUCCCCAGGAUUGGCCUUUCACAACUGGAAGGAUUUCGCAGGCAGCUCCUUGAUGUUCUACAGAGAAGUACCAAACCAAAGUGGAGAAUUAUUGUGGGUGCAACCAAAUGCAUACCUAAGUCUGAGCUCCCUGAAGAGCCUGAAGCAAACUCAGUGCCCAGCAACCGCCUCUGGACCCACCCCAGUGACUUAACUAUUGCCCUGUCAGCCAGCACACCACUCUAUCCUCCUGGUCGCAUCAUUCAUGUGGUUCAUAAUCAUCCUGCUGAGCAAUGUUGCUGCUGUGAUCAGGAAGAUCCCACAUACUUUGCCAUUUGGGGAGACAACAAAGCAUUUAAUGAAGUGAUCAUUUCCCCAGCAAUGCUGCAUGAGCAUCUUCCAUAUGUGGUAAUGGAGGGUCUCAACAAGGUCUUGGAGAAUUACAACAAGGGCAAAACAGCUUUGCUUUCAGCAGCCAAAGUGAUGGUGAGUCCUACCGAAGUGGACCUCAAUCCAGAAUUGAUCUUCCAGAAUCAGCCCCUGCCUAGUAGACCUUCUGUGCAGAUUGGAAUUGGAGACAUAACAGUGGACAGAAGGAACAGCAGCACUAAGAGCAAGGCUCAAUCUGAAAUCAGUUUGGAAGGAUUUUAUGACACCAAGCUUCUGUCCCCCGUGCAGAAGGAUUCUUUGGAGAUCCUGCUUCUAGAUACCAAGGAGCGCCUUUCUGUAGAACUGCAGGACCGGCGUGCUCCUCUUGCUACAAUGGAGAGCCUGUCUGAUAAUGAAUCCAUCUACAGCUUUGAUUCAAGGCGUUCCUCUGGUUUCCGUAGCAUCCGUGGCUCACCCAGUCUCCAUGCAGUCAUGGAAAAAGAUGAGACUCACUGUUUUUAUAUUGAUCCAGCAAUCCCUGAGGAGAACCCCUCCCUCAGCUCACGGACAGAGCUGCUUGCUGCUGACAGCCUCUCCAAACACUCUCAGGAGACUCAGGCUCCUGAGACAGGGCACAACAGUGCAGUCACUACUCCUCAGCGGCAAUACAGUGAUGAAGGGGCUGGCAGUGACACUGACCAUGUUUCCUUCACUCCUCAUGAGGAACUGACCCUUCAGAAUGGAAGACUCAGUGAUGACCCCAGCCCCCAAGUGUUGGAGUUUGCUGAAUUUAUAGAUAGCCUCUUUAACUUGGACAGCAAAAGCAGCUCCUUUCAGGACAUCUACUGCAUGAUGGUAUCAGACAGCACCAGUGAUUUUGCUGAGAUGCCCACGUCGGUCAGUGAUCAGGAGAUCCUGCUAAGAGCACAGUAUGAGCCCAACUUAGUCCCAAAGCCCCCCAGGUUAUUUGCAGGCUCAACAGAUCCCUCCUCAGGCAUAUCAGUUUCUCCUUCUUUCCCUCUGAGUUCUUCUGGAGAGCUUAUGGACAUCACUCCUACAGGCAUGAGUAGCCAGGAAUGCCUGGCAAGUGACAAAAUUCGGACUUCCACUCCCACUGGAAAUAUGACCAGCCCUGCCAAACAAGAAGAACUUGUGAUCUCGGCCCUCUAGUAUAGGAAGAGGGGCCCCAAAUAUCCAGUUCUAUAAAGUGAAUCAGAAGAUAACACUUGUAGGAGUUGGUCACUGGGCGGGUGAGAAUUGGGAAAGAUGGAUAGGGGAAGGUGGUGUUCCUUCAUAAGUGGUAUAGUAAUGGCACCACAAAGGAUGUUAGAAUGAAGGAUGCCAUACCUUUGGUCAUGUUGUUCAGUUAGAGAGAAAAUCACUGCCUAAUAUAGCCUGCUGCUUUUGAGGGCCUUGUUCAUAGAAAAGAGAUGGUUGGUUUCCCUACCUCAGCAUAUUUGUUCAACAAGAGGGCAGGUUGUAUGCCUUUCCUGCUGAACUAGGAAGUUACUGCCCGCAGGCUAGAGCACCAGAGUUACAGAAGCUGAGGGGCCAAAUAAUGUUUCUAUAAUCAUGGCCAAAUCAAGGAAAUUGUGACUUUGGGCCCUGUUGCACUAGUAUGUCAUAUCUGACCCAAGCACCUAUUCAUCCUUGUCAUCUGAUUUAUUGUUAUUUCUGAUUUGACACACUCCUGUUUAAUAGCCAUUAUAGCUGUGUUCUGGAGGAAUGCAGCCAGUCUUCUCCCAACUUUGACUGGGUACAGUGAGAAUUGGGAUGGGGCUGUGUAUAUUGCUCCCCUAAUUAGCUCUGUGUUCAGUGAUAACUAGACUUCUUCUGAGAAGAAAGAACCUACAUGUACCAGAGAAUUGAAGGUCAUUCCCACAUUUCCUCACCCACUGGAGGGGUGAAAGAUUCCUUGAGUCUCACAGCAUUGCACAGCUUCCAAAACACUAUGAGCAAUCUUACAAUCUUGCUCUCUUGAUAUAAUUUUCAGCUCUGCCUGCAUGCAUUGGUUUGUUUAAACUAGCUCUUGCAAUUCAAGAAGCUUGCUAAUGCCUUCAUUAUUCUCCAACUGCUUGUGACUGAAGUUGGUUUGUCCCCAUUCAUAUUGCAUUUAUCUGCUGUAUCAUGGCAGACCAGUACUGGUCUGUCCCUGAGUUCCAAGACAAGAUGAACUUUUACUGCACGUUGAAGUCUUAUGUAUGUUUACAGAACUACUAAGUGUUUGGGGAGUUAUUUAUUGAAGAAAUGGGAAAUCCUUGUCUGAGUGAGAAGAAUGUUCUCUCAGCCCCUUUAAAUCCCUCUCUCAAAAUGGGGGCACAAAGUAACAGUAGGCUAGGCAGGACGUAUUACUCCAAAUUCUUAAUAGAAAAUAAGAAUAGAUGACAUGAUUAAUCCUCUGUGAAUGCAUCUCUUUAUCCACCUGAACGUCAAGGGCUUAUCCACACCACCCAGCUGUGUGGGCAUCAGCUCAUGAAAUUGCAGCUUUGCCAUGUAUCCUGCAAUCUGAUGCUGAUCAGUAGAUUUUCAGUAGUCAUGACAGUAUGGUGGUACUGUGUACAAUUGCAGGGAUUUUCUACUGGUGAACGUAGGAGUGUAAGCAUAAUGAGACCCUCAAGUCAUAUAUUGUACUAAAAUACAUCACACACCUUUAAUGUGGAAAAAGUAAUACAUGCCUGUUCAGCAUGCAGUCCCCGUUUUAUAUACACAGCUUACUAGCUAUGCAUUGCAGCUCAUCAGGUACUUCCUUCAUAAAUUCUCUGGCUUUGCAGCCUCAGCUCCUUAAACAGGCUGCCAGAAUAGAGGAAGCUUGGUAUCUGGUGAACUCCAAUAAACAACUAGUGUUCUGCCUGUGUGGCUUGGAGCCUGCAUGUUGUGGAGAUCUGCAGGAGAAGGGGUAGGUUUCUGCCCCUUUUAGGAACUAAUAUUGCCAUUCUAUGCAUGUUGACCCAGAUCCAAGUCCCACUGUAUUCAGGGAAGGGCUUAUUCACAGGAAGUUGCUGAGAAUGGCGACCUUAUUUCUGUUACUCAAGGAAGCUUGAUAGAAUUAAUUUGUUUUCUUGCAUAUCUCAACAUUUAUUUCCACAUAGAAGUAUGUUUCCUUUCCUGUGCUUCUGUGUAAACAUGCAUGGAACUGGACUGUAAACACACACAUGUGAAACUGUACAUUCGCAUUGUGUUCAUGUAAACGAUCAUACGGUAUGCAGGGUUUUAGCAAGUUGAAGCCUAUUAAUUUAAAUGCUGGCAAUCAACAUGGCAGCAUAAGAGUUAACUCUUUUUUCUACCUUGAAAUGAUAAUGCAUUAGAAAAGCAAGAUGUUUUAAUUUAUAAAAUUGUAGUUUUCCAAUUGUUAGUUUUAUUUUUUAGAAUUUAACCAAUAUGGUUCAGUAGCUCAGCUGUUACAAGUUCCUGUUUUCAACAGCUUCAUAGCGAGCAAGAAUUACUUCCAGCUUCUGAAUAUCAUUUUGAAAUGUCUUAAGUUUUGCUCAAAACUGAUGCCUGUUUUUAUGGUAACUACAAAAGCAAGUUUUAUUUUAUUUUGUUUUUGAUUCCCUUUGGUGGCUCUAAAUCUUUGGUGGCUCUAAAUCUGUUAGCCAGAACUAGGUUGAUAAAAUAUCCUUCUUCACUAAAGGAAGAGUUAGAAAAUGUGAGUUACUGCAGAUAAUUUCAGAUAUUAAUUUUGAAGAAAGCACAUAAUGAAGUGCAGAUUUUAUGAUGAAAUUGGGGGAGGUGCAGGGAUUUCAGGGACUUGCAGCUGGUUAGGCUUACCAAAUGGCGCCUUCUGCUCGAUGGUCUGGCACAACCAAAGCAGUCCAUUCAUUGUGCAAGAACACAUCCUUGUGCAUUCAGACAUCAACCAGUGUUAACACUAAGCACCUAGAGAGCGCUUUAAACUUCAAAGCACUUUACAAAUAAAUUGAAUGAAUCUUCCUGAUUCUUGUGGGUUGUGGGAAUGUCUGGGAGAAGGUGUGGGGGUGUGUAUGUGUGUGCAUAAAAUCUAUCUACUGUAUUUGUGGAUGCAGCUGAUGCUGUCUCCAAAAAUCUACCAAGACUAAAUGAAGGCAGUUUCUGGUCUGAUGAGAUUACAUUAGACUUGGAAAGCAGAGCUCGAAGAUGACAACGUUAUUGAUGCAGCUUUGCUUGACAAAGGUCUUAUUUUGUUAUCUCAAUGGUGGUCAGACUGUGAAUGAUGGAUCAAGCUAUUGCACUACAGUGCCAUGCCCAAGCUGAGCACCAUUUUAUUGUCAUUUCAUGUAUUUUGCUUGUUUUGUUAUGUUUCUUUUUAAAACUGUUUGAAUGUGGCCAACCAGUGUCUCCUGCUCUUUCAAAAGAUUGUGACCUUGCUAGCUGAGCUACAUAUGAUGGGCAUUUCCAUUCUUUUUUCUGAAUUUCCCUGUUAAACAUACAAUGUCAUGGUAAAAUUGAACACUUCUGAGUUGGGACAUGAAACUACUGUAAGAAUAGUAUGCAAUGCACUUGGGUGUGAAUGCAGUGAAAGUCAGAAUUUGUGGCGAUAGCUUUCAUGUGGUUUUAAACACAUUAUGAAUCCUUUUUUCCUUUUCAGUUAGUUUUUAGACAGUACAUCACAAUUCAAUUAAAACUCUCUCUAUAUGUAUGAUCUAUCAACUAAACAAACAAAACAUUCCUAAACAAAAACAUUCCUUCUUUCAUUCCUUCCAUUGUUUCAUCUGUUGGCACCAUUUCAUUGGCUCAGCUGUUUAGGUUUUUUCAUCCAAAAGGGGUGAGGGAAAGGAGUAGACAAAAGGUUGGAUAUCCCUCUACCUGUUAGCUGAGACUGGGAUAUUAUGUAACAUGUGCUAGAUUAAAACUGCACAUAUAUGGCACCACCAAUAAAGUCUUAUGUGGGCGACUCUGUGAA